AUGAGCGCAACGCAGGACUCUACCAUGAACCAAUACGCAGCCCACACCGGUGCAGUUCCGAACGCUGCCGCCGUUGUUUCGGUCAACGAGCCAACGACCCGUAUCAAUGCGCAAACAACCAUUACUGCCGAGAGACCCAUCAAGGCCACGAUUGAUAGUUUCCGAGAAAAUGACAUCAUCGACUGGUUUACGACGACAAUGGGAACGAAUAUCGCCUAUGAUGUCAAGGACGCCAACGAUGACAUUGCCCGCGACACUUCUCUUAUGCAUCUGGGCAUCGCCGCAUUUAGCUAUCCAAGCAAUGACAAGAAAGCCAACGGUGAUCCAGAAAAAUCGUACGACUCUGACCGACAGUCCAAGGGUCAGGCCAUGGAAGAAGUACAUGAAAGCAAAUUUGACUAG